AAAAUAUAACGAUUUAAGCAGGCUGGCGAGACCUUCUGCUCUCCUUCUUCCAGUCCCUCCCCUACUCAACUGAUGCUUAGAUAUUCGGAAUGUGGUUCAGAAAAAUAUGGAAUGUGGAUGGUGGGAAUAUUGUUGGAUGCUCAAGGUUGAUGAGAAGAUACACAUCAGCCUCAAGCAGACGUGUAUUAGACAUGGCUGCUAGAGAUGGGGAGCUGAGGGUCUUCAUAGUUUCUGGAGAGGUUUCUGGUGACACCAUUGGCUCUCGUCUGAUGGCCUCUCUAAAGAAGCUCUCUCCUGUUCCAGUCCGCUUUUCUGGUGUUGGAGGGACUAUGAUGUCCAAUCAAGGAUUAAAAUCUGUAUUUCCUAUGGAGGAUAUUGCAGUGAUGGGAUUGUUGGAGUUAUUGCCUCAUCUAAAUAAACUCAGACUGAAGUUGCAGGAGACAUUAGAAGCUGCUCUUCUGUUUCAACCUCAUGUUGUUGUAACAGUGGAUUCCAAGGGAUUCUCUUUCCGUCUUCUAAAGCAGUUACGGGCUAGAUACAAUCAAAAAAGCUUCGAGAUUCCAGUACACUUCCAUUAUGUAGCACCAUCAUUCUGGGCUUGGAAAGGGGGUGAAGCAAGACUCAGAGGCUUAGCUGGAUUUGUGGAUCAUAUUCUGUGUAUACUUCCAAAUGAAGAAGAAGUUUGCAGAUCAAAUGGAUUGGUUGCAACCUUUGUGGGCCACCCUAUUCUAGAGGAUGUGUGGGAGUUGAAUUUGGAUACUUUACCACAUGAAUGGAAAAUAGAAGGAAACUCAGAAAAUUUCAGAAGAAAUCAUGCAAUACCUGCAGGAGCCCCAAUCAUUUCCUUGCUUCCUGGAAGCAGAUUACAGGAGGUCACCAGAAUGCUUUCUCUCUUUGCAAAUACCAUCGAACUAUUAAAAGUCUCCUUUCCUGAGUUGGUACCAGUGAUCCAUGUUGCUACUAAUCAGCAUGUGAAGGACUAUGUCACUAGAUUUACCAACAAGUGGCCUGUGCCUGCUAUAUUGAUUCCAGGAGGAUCUCUGCACCAGAAAUAUGAUGCAUUCAGCGCAAGUAGUGUUGCAUUAUGUGCUUCUGGAACAGUUGCUUUGGAGUUGCAGCUUGCACGGCUACCGUGUGUAGUUGCUUAUCGAGCUCAUUUCCUAACUGAGUGGAUUAUUCGCUAUAAAGCCAAGAUAUCUUACAUCUCCCUCCCAAAUAUCUUGUUGGAUUCAGCUAUCAUACCUGAAGCACUGUUUCAAGCAUGCACUCCAGCAAAGCUAGCCUCAUUAACAUUGAUCCACCACAGGAAAUUGAUACAUGACGAUGGCCUCCGAGAAAAACAAAUUGUUGCUGCUGAAAAGGUUACCCGACUUCUGUGUGCUUCACCUGGAAACUUAGAUAACUUGGAAGAGCCGCAUCAAAGAUGGAGGUUUCCCCAUUACACACCAAGUAUGAUAGCAGCAUCCGCAAUACUGUGCCAUCUGAAGCCAUAUUGAAUUGCCAUUUUUGAGUAAAAACAUGUUUUUGAAAUGUAUCGCCAGUGAACUUGGGUGUUGGGUCUUCACUCUAAUUCUCCUUUGCAAAUAUCCUGGGUCAUUUCCUUCAUUGUUAGGUGUGCAGGGUUGACAUGGUAUGUACUAAACCUGGUUAUACAGCAUCCAAUUGCAAAUUUAAAGUUGACCAUCUGACUGUAAAAUGAAAUAGAAGGCAAAUCAUAGUGUAAUACAAUGUAUUUAUUUAUUUUGGUCAAAUAAUACAAAUUUUGAUAUUUGAUUAGUCUGG